AUGGGCUGCUUUGCUUUGUUCUGAUUUUUGCUGCUGCUGCUAUGGCUUGCUAUCCUACUGCUAUGGCUGUUCUGAUUUUUGCUACUGCUAUGGCUUGCUAUGCUGCUGUUUUUGCGUUGUUCUGGGCUGUCCACUUGAUGUUUGCUGCUGCUAUUUUGCAUAUCAGUGGUUUAAGGGGCAGAUUUGUCCUUGUUUGUUUCUAUUGA